AUGCUUGCAGACAAACUGUGGACUGCACCAGAAGCGCUCAACUGCUCUGCACCUCCGAAUACGAAAGCUGGAGACGUAUACUCCUUCGCUAUUAUUGCUGCUGAAGUUAUUGAAAGAAAACCUGCAUGGUUGCUGCAUGGUGAUGGUUCCAAUGUGGAAAUCAAAAGGGGAGGAAGUGUGCCGCUGCGUCCGGCACUGCAACUCGAUACGCUGGAUAUUCCAGCAGAACUAGUUAGUGACAGUAUGACGGAGUGA